AUGAUCGAGCCUGAUGGAAGAAACUACCACUUGGUUGGUGACGGGGAACCCAAUCUCAAGAAGAGAUCGGUACUGGACUGUGAUACAGCGGCGAUUCUAACGGUCGUAACCAAGAGAUCUGGAGACACGUCCUUCGCAGCGGUCCUUGGGGUCGAUGUAUUUCGUGGCAAGCGGAAAAGGUCUGGAAAGGGCCUACCUAUCGACAUCUCAGUCAAUAUCUACGGCCCUAAGAACUCGAUUGACGAAGUUGAUGACGCCUUGUCCGAGAUUGGCACUUAUCGCACUUACCUACAGCAUCCUGUAUUUUUGGAGCCCGGUACCCCAUACAUCAACCCGCAGUUCUUCUACCCGACUUCUCAGAAGACCGACCUCAGACAUUUGGUUGGCUCAAGCGUCCGAGAAAGCGACAUCAAGCCCAAGAUUUCCCAAGAGGUUGACGAGGUUAUGGAGUCCUUGGACGGUUCGUCCGAGGAUCUCACGCCAACAAAGAGUGGUUUCCUUGAUCUGCAACCGAUUCUGGAUCGGUUCCUUCUCAACACGACAUUGAAAGAGUAUCUUGUCCAUUAG